AUGAUUACGUGUUCGACUUCCAACAAAGAGAUUUUGACUUACUGUCGAUCUGAUGUGGAUAUAUUACGUCGUUGCUGUCUGGAAUUUUGCGAGUUAUUACGUGAUGUUACAGACAAUGAUCCGUUCGAGAAAUGUCUCACUAUUGCAUCGGCCUGCAAUCUCGUGUUUCGAAAGAACUCCCUGAAAGAAGAUACCAUUGCAAUCAUUCCUCCUCACGGUUAUCGUCCCAAAGACAAGCAAUCCCUCUUGGCUUUAAAAUGGCUUUCGUACAAGGCUGAAAAGGAAGACCUAUACAUUCAACAUGCUUGUAAUGCAGGAGAAAAGCGUGUUGGCAACUAUUUAUUGGACGGUUAUGAUGAAGAAACCAACACAGCCUACGAGAUCAAUGGGUGCUUCUGGCACGGUAAAUUAACUCGAAUAAACGCCUCCUUCGAACACCUUGGAGUAAAAUUAUAUUAUUGGUUUUUUUCAGGAUGUUUGAAAUGCUAUGCUCGGGACAAGAUAAAUUCUGUGAGUGGUAAGACGAUGCAAGAUCUUCAUCAAGCUACAGUGGAGAAGAUCAGUUACCUUAAAGAUCAUGGUUUCGGUGUGAUUGAAGUCUGGGAAUGUGACAUCAGGAAAGAACUGGAACAAGAUGAAGACCGAUGA